AUGUAAUUUAAACAAAUCAAUUCUGAAGAGUUCAAUGAAUAAAAAGCUUUAGAUUACUUGGAAUUAAAAAAUUAAAGUCUCUAACAAACUCUUUUAGAAGAUCCUAAAAUAGCUCGUUAUCUUGAUUUUGCAGAUUACUUGUUAAGUUAUCAUUUUUAAUAGACUAUACAUAAGAAAGCACAUGAAAGAUUAUUGGUAGAAAUGUUUAAUACAGACUAUAUACUUUCAAAACUGUAUGGAUUAGAAUUGCAUAAAAUAAAAGAAUACUUCGUUAAAUUUGGGAAUAAGAUAAAAAUUCCUGGAUUUGUGUUAUUACUUUUGAAAUUGAUCUAAUUUUAAUUAGAAGAAGUGCCUUAUAUGAUAAAUGGAUUAAGAGAGCUGGCUGAAAAAAUAGCUUAAAAUGGAAUAAUCACAUUUGAAUAAUUUGUUGCAUAUUAUAUGUCAUGUAGUGAGAAUGAUGAACAAGACAAUAUAUAACAUGCCUAUUAUAAAAUAACAGAAAGCAAAACUUAAGACACAAUGUAUCAUAAACAUGAGAUAUAAAAAGUACUGGAAAUUAUAUUUUUCUUCUUAGGCAAUUUAUACAAGAUCGAUCUAAAAAAUAGCAUUGUUAGAAGAAAAUUAACCAUAAAUAUAUUUACUAGGGACUGAUUUUUAAAUUCAUAAAGAAAUAAAACUAGAUAAUCAUGAUACUCAUUAUAUCAUAUUAGAUUUCGAUUUUGCAGAGAAUAUAAAAGAAUUUUGUUGUAGUCUGUCUAACAAUCAUAUUUUAUUUUUGAGUUUUGUAAUUGAAUUUUUAAUAUUAGAUGGAUUAAUUACACAAUAAUAAAUUGGUACAAUGUGAAUACUUAUUAACUAAAAUUUAAUAUCUCUAAAUGCUAGAUCAUUGGGGAUCAGUUACAACUAAUUAACAAUUGAUAUUAUGGCAUCCAAAAACUCACUAAUAAACUAGAGUGCCUAUUUAGUUAUAAGGAGGGAAGAUAUAAAGUAUAAUUGAGCUUUCAAAAAAUGAAAUGAUUUGUUUGUAAACUGAUUUAAAAAGAGUUCACAUUUUCAAUCCAAAAUUUGAGUAAUUAAUAGUUAUCUAGGAUUCACUACUUAUUCAGACGUAAUUAUAUCAUAAUUAAUUAAUUUUUAGAUUUAUAUUCUACGAAGCAGGAUAAUGUUUUUAUUCAAUUAAUUUUACUCAUAAAAUUCAAAAAUGGUUGAUUGAGGAAAAUGGAGUAGAUUAUACUAAAGAUAAAACUAUCUAAAUUUGUAAACCAGAAUAUACAGUUCUUGCGAUUGGUUUUGUUUAAGACUUAUUAGUAACUUAUGAUUCAAGUAAUUAAAUUAGAGUAUUUGAUACUGAAGAUUUUAGAAAGUUAACUACUUAUAAAAAAAUACUAAAACCUACUAAUCAUAUGAAAAUUAUUGAAAUUAAUAAAUAUUAAUUCAUAAUCGUUGGCAAUAGAAUAAGUUCAUUUGAAAUAUAAGUUAGAAUUGAAGAAAAAUAAUUAUCAAAUAAAGAUGAACUUGAAUAGCAUAAUGAUGAUUUUGAAACUUAAAUGAAAUCAACCAAGCUCUUAAUGUCAUAAAUUUUGAAGAAUCAACCAUAAGUUGUUAAUUUUAGAGGAACUAAACAUUAGGAUUAAAUGUAAAUAUAAAAUUGAAUUAAGAGAGUCAAUAUUAGAAUAGAUUAAAGGUGCCAAAAGUCAAUUACUUCCAAAAAUAAAGGUGAAAGAAGCGCAUCAUUAUACUGAAUUGCCAGAUGAAUAUAUAAGAGAUAAAAUUGAAGAAAUAGAAAAGAAUAUAUAUGCAAAUAAACUUUUAAAAGAUAGAAUACAUCAAGCAACUGAACCUUUUUUAGAACAAUAACCAGAUCCUAUAGAUCCUAAAAUUUUAUAAAAGUUACAGCCUUUGUAAUAAGGAUUUUAGAAAAUAGAUCAUAAACAUAAUCAAUCCGAAUAAAAUGCUUCCAAGAUUCAAUCUGUUAGAUAAUUAUAAAAGUAAUUGUUGAUUCAUGAAGUUUUUAGCAAUAGUAAAGCAAAAAAGAAACUUGAUAUUCUAAAUUUCGAUCUAUAAGAAAAAUCAAUCAGAAUGAAAAUAGACCCUUUAUUAGAUACAGAUACAAAUUUCUUAUUUAAAUAAUUAAAAGAUGAUUAUUUAAAUGUUCAAUCUAAAAAAUCUACAAAAACAUAAUCAUUAUGUUAUGAAUCUAGAUAUGAAUAUUAAACAUAGAGAGGAAAACUAAAAAAAUAAUUAUUUUCUACCUAAUAUAAAACAAAAGGAUAAAAAAUAAAAACAAUUCAAUCAAUAUAACCUACUAAUUAGACAAUGAAUUAAACAAGUGUUUUAUCAAGAACUACAAGAAAUAGUCGUAAUACAACUAAUCAAUUUUAUUAAUUAUAAAAGAAUGAUUAACCUCCUCCAAUUCCACUAGAAUGUAUACCCUAAAUGGAGAAGGUCAAACUUUUUUAUAAUGAAGCUGUAAAGGCAAUGAAUUAUUUAAAGGAAUAAAAUCAAUUUUUGUGUUUUGACUCUUGA